AUGUCAACAGACGGCCGGGACCACGGGUUUCCAUACACGGUUUGGGCUGAAAUCGGAAAAUUGUUUAAUAGGUACACGACUAUGACGAUAUUACUCUGCGAACACGACGACGACGACGACGACGACGACGACGAACACGACACGACGAGACUCAGACCGGUGCGACGCCGUAACGUAACGACUCCAACGAUGACUGAAAUUAAUUCUGACGACAGUCUAUACAAGUUUUUAGCCAACAAAAGGACGAAAUCACCGUCGUGCGUGGAAGGGCYGACGAAGAAGACGCGGAUGAAGUGCACGGCGGCUUGCAUCCGGACCAAUAAGAGCGAUCGAUGCACCGGCGCCGCUGAUAGGGCAUCGGCGUCACUCCAUUGCAGCGAUGUGGGGCAGAAGACGUACCGGUCUGUGCCGCAACACGACAGGGGCUCGACCUGCAUAAAGACGACAGCAGACUGUCGCGGUCAAUGCCCCCGGACCGGAAAGUACGCGGCCAUCGACAACCCGCAAUGCACCAAAACCAGAAGUUACAGGGUCAACGAAAGCCAGUGCACCGGCGCCGCUGAAAAAUGUGGGGUCACCGACAACACUCAAUGCACAGUCACCAGAAACUACAGGGCCAACGAUGUGCAAUGCACCGGUGUCGGCACCGGAAACUUCGGCGCCAAUAACAACCGAUGUUCCGGCAUUGGAAACUACAGCACCAACAACAACGGAUGCAACGGAUGCGGUUGCAUUUCGGCGGCGGCAGUGACGGCGGCGACGGCUUGUCUAGGAGGCUCGAAGCCUUACGGCCGCGGUAGUGCCGACACUCUUUUUUCGACGGUCUGCAAGUGGUCGAGAGUCGUGGUGGACUGGACGUGGGACAAAACGUCUUACAUCCUCGUGGCCACCGUGUCGUUCUUCCUCGGCAUGUACACUUACGAUUGGUGUCUGUGCACAUGCGAAGAAGCGUCCUGA